AUGCCCUUCGAAGCUGUCUAUGAAUUCCCCCCUCCUGAUCUAAGAAGAUACCAACCAGGAACAACAAGGGAGGAAGAUGUAGAUGUUCAGUCGUGGUGCAGGGAUGCAGUCCUCAAAGAUCUCAAACAGCACUUAGCUACCGCCCGAAACCACAUGGUGAUACAGUAUAACAGGAGGCACCGAGAUUUUCAGUUGAAGGAAGGAGAAUGGGUCUUGCUUCGCCGCCCUAUCCAUGGAAUGAGCUCAGCAGUGAAGAAGGUCAGUGGCAAGCUCGCACCAAGAGUGCGUGAGUUGCUUUUCUCUGUUAGUCGCAGGCUAACGGGUUCCUAUGAGAGCGAUGCAGUCAAUCAUGUUGACAUGGAACUCCAAAAUUCAACUGCCAUGCACAUUAUAGAUAUUGAUGUUGACCAUAAGGAUCCUCAUAUGUGUAGCCUUUAUGCCUCACAGAUCUAUGCUUAUUACAGGAGGCUGAGGUCAUUGAAGCGCAAGCCAUCCCAUAAUUACAUGAGUAUGGUUCAACAAGAUAUUUCUCCAGCUAUGCGGGCAAUCCUUAUAGACUGGCUUGUUGAGGUAUGUGAGGAGUAUAGACUGGUUCCAGAUACUCUAUAUCUGACUGUCUUCUACAUUGAUCGGUUCCUUUUUGGAAAUCCAAUUGAAAGAAAGAUGCUAUAGCUAGUUGACAUUACGUGCAUGUUUAUUGCAUCGAAGUAUGAAGAGAUAUGUGCACCUCGUGCAGAGGACUUCUGUUUGAUUACAGACAACACAUACAAUAGGGAACAGGUCCUAAAGAUGGAGAUUGAUGUCUUGGACCAUUUGCGCUUUGAAUUGACUGCACCUACUACAAAGACAUUUCUCAGGAGGUUUCUGCGAGCAGCCCAAGCUUCGUACAAGAUGGAUCGAGACUUUUCAUUGGAGUUCUUGGCAAAUUAUCUAGCAGAACUUACAUUGCUUGAUUAUGGGUUCCUGAAAUUCUUCCCUUCUCGUAUAGCUGCAUCUGCUGUAUUUCUAGCUAAAUGGACGCUGGAUCAAAUGUCACACCGGUGGUUUGUUCUAUAGAAUCCAACCCUGGAGCAUUACACCAAUUACAAAGCUUUGGAGCUAAAAACUGCUGUGCUUGAAAUUCAUCGUAUACAAAUGGACGCCAAGGAGGAUGCCACUACAAAUCUCUCUCUGAAAGCAAUAAGGGAGAAAUACAGCCAACAAAAGUUCAAGUCAGUGGCUGCUCUAUCGUUCCCAAAACCAGUUGAUACACUUUUUCUGUGAGAUUAUUUUCUUAAGCCACUGACCGCUGCUUCAUUUGACAAAGAUCCAGGAAUACUGAUAUGAAUGACAGUGUGCUACCUUUUCCUGUGUGUCGUGAACAUAGGUUGGUCCAUCCAUUGUGGACCAUGAAGAAAGAUAUGCGGGUGGCAACCACUGUAUUUCAAGCUAGAGUUACUAACAUUAUCCCAGCUUUCUGGGUAGCGAUUCUGUUGCUACUCU